ACAGCUACUCCCCAAAUCAAUAAAGGAAAUUGAAACAGAAACCCUAGCUUCUCCACCACCGCCGCAAGGACUGCCGCCGUCCGUCGCUCUAAGGCACUACCAUCGUCGUCUGGUCGUCCGUGCUUCUUCCUCCUUCAAGAAUCGCAGCUUCUUCUUCCUCGACCUCGGCGCGUCAGUUCCUGGUAUUCAUCUGCUCCAUCGCGCUCCUGCCGCCGUCCGUCGGGCGCUCAGCCACCAUCGUCUUCGUCUGGUCGUCGCAGAUUCUUCCAACCCACCACCGUCUUCUGAGUUGUGUUCGUCGCCUGGCCUCUGUCUCCGUCACGAUUCUGCCCCCCUCUUCUCAGACUGCUCAGAAGAAAAACCCAUCUCCAUUCCAGUUUCCUUCCUUCGAGUUCAAAGAGCAGAAGCUCAACCAAGAAAAAAACCUUAGACUUCGACGAUCCGUAAUUGAUGAACUGAAGCAGAUCAAAGUUGUGAACAUGCGUAACAGGGAAUUAGUGCUGGAUUUAUUGCAGUCUGUUGUGGAGAUAAUUACUUAUGGUGAUAAACAUGAUCCAUCCAUUCUUGAAUGUUUCAUGGAUCGCCAAGUGGUUGCGGAAUUCGUUCGAAUGCUUGAUAUCAGUGAAAAUUCAAGAAUUGAGGCACCGUUACUUCAGUAUCUCAGCAUAAUGAUUCAAAACAUGGAUAAUGAACAUGCAAUUUGUAAGACUGUUAGUAUUUCUUGAUG